UGUGACGACAUUAUCAAUGGGAGGGACACCCAGGUGAUUGGCAAUCACACCAGGAGUGGGUCCAAUACGGAGGCCUCACUGUACGAGGAGCCACUGGUGUCUGCGCCACAGUACGACAGCAUACUGGGAUCACAGCAUCAACAUGUUUACGAUGCCCUAAUGAGCGCCGAGUCCAGUCAGCCACCGGUGUUCUCUCAUCACAACUCCCCC